AUGAAUUUAAAUGAUUUUGUGGUGCUUCCUAGCAACAAAACCAUAUCCGUCAAGCUCAAUGCAAGGAAUAUGCAGGACUUGCAGAUGGACACUCUGGCUUUGGGCAAUGAGAGCAUGGCGAUGGAGGAGAAACUGCAACAGCUUAAAGACAACAUGAGUAAAGAGAAAGAGGAGAGAGGAUUUCACCAGAAGGGUGCACUGAAGCUCCACAGCAUGGUCCCCAUUCAGGCAAACCUACAGACUCAUGUCAGCACCCAAGAUAUUGUCAAUUUUGUGCAGAGACAGAUUGACGAUGGGUCCUCUCGCAGUACCUUUAAACCCAGUUUCCUUGUAUCCACCAAUUCCAAUAUCACCAUCUCAUCCAACACCAGACGAGAAGAUGAGAGCCCAGAAAAAGCCACAGAGGUUCAGGAAAAACUUUCUGAAUUGGACCCUGAUUGCUGCCAGAUUUUGGUGAGAGGUCAUGGAGAUGAGAAAAAUGUGGGAUUAACUGAAGAUCAUUUGGGAGAAUUUCCCUUUAACUUUCAAAGCGGACAGCACAAUAAAGAGUCGUCAUCAGGUCAUUCCGAGGAGGAUCUGAAAAUAUGGAGAGGAGAGAAGAGUCACAAAGAAGAACAAAAUUUAUCUCAGGCACUAUGGACACAUGCCAAAUCAGUAUCCGUCUCAGAAAUGGCAACCCAGGCUGACCUCACUAUGAACAGAGAAGCUGAGAAACGGAGAAAAGGGACAGACGAAAGGAUAACUGUCAAGGUGGAGUUCACAAAAAACAACCUUACCUACUUGGACAGACUGCUUCUGAAGAAGCACCGCAGAAUAUCGGUUGGGAGUGACCAUUCAUCACAUGGCUCUGGACCAGAUUUAAAAUCUUUGAACGCUAUGGACACUAAAGAGGAGAUUACAAGCAAUUUAUCUGCUGAAGAAGAAGAUUUUCAUCGCUACUGUACAUCAUUGUUUGAAAUUCCUCUCUGGAGGAAUUGGACCGAGCCACAGUCUGCUACACCUGAAUCAUGCCUAGUCAUAGAAGUCUUGGAUGAGACAUGCAGAGACAUGGAAGUAAUAUGUGAUGUGGAACAAAAGGCUGUAAGCAACAGAGGGAUCCCCGCUGUUCAGAAGAGCAGUUGGAGAGAAUUAACACCACUAUCCCAAACGGAUCUGGCUAGUAGUAGGUUCUCAACAGCAGUCAACUCCUCCCCAAGUUCAAAACCAUCCAUACUUUCUGGCAUACCUGUACAGCUCAAAUCAGCCAAGAAGCUCCAUUCGUCUAAGUGUCAGACUUCGCAACCAGAGCACUCAAUCAAAGAAAUGUCAUCCAAAAAUAAAGCCCCAAGUAGCCCCAUUGUUGAGAGUCCUGCAACUUCAAAGACAAAGACAUCCAUCUCAGCAACAGCCUCUCAGUCAUCUAUGUCCAUCAUCUCUCCCACUGUCAACGAGUCAAGAUCUAUCUCUGGAACAGCACCAGUUCAAUCCCUGUUGCCACAUUCCCAGUCUGAGAUCCCCAAAUCUUUACACUCCCCUCGUUUAUGUUUGUCUGAUGCUUCACUUUUGGACGGUGAAUGGUCAGCAAACCUACAAGAAUAUCCUUCCUGGUCUCCAUCACUAUCCAUUACUCUUAGGUCUACCUUUACAGUUUCACCAUCAAGCUCUACGGAGUUCACCUUUUUACCCAAAGUUUACCAUAAGGAUAUGCUUGAAAAUAACCAAGACUCAUCUCACAGGUCACGACUACCCCAGUGCCCCAAGUUAUUGGGAGAACCAGUAUUUUCUCAAAGUUCUUUUAAAGCACCAACAGGCAUUCGGAUGUCCUCACAGCAAUCCCAGCAUUCCAUGUGGGCCUCAAAGUUCCCUCUAUUAAAAAAUCAAUUCCCACCAGAGAAUUCUGUGAAACCAGUUCUGUCACAAGUCAGCCCAGUGCCUUAUGCGGUAUCGCCAUAUUCUCGCUCUUGGCCAGCUUUAAAAAAUGAUGAAGCCCCAGUUUUUUUGCCCUCUACCUCAAUACCUGAUGAUCAGAAAUCAACUCGGUCACAUCAGGAUACAAAAAGGGUCUCAUCCAGUCUCAGAAACGUCUUCCAGAAUCCUCUGAAACUAGAUGAAGAUGAGGAGCUGUCAACAGCAACCCAAGAGAUCAUGGAGAUCUGUAAGGUGGACGAGAUGGGUUGCGAGGACCCUGAUGUGGACAUGGACACAACUGCACACAUGCUACAGGGUCUGGAGCAAGAACUAAAAGACAUGUCAAAGGAGAAUCUUGAUCUGGUGCUGGAUAUGGGAGAUGGUGAGAAUGACAAUGGGAGACAUCAUUUCAUG